UGUAGGUGUAAUAGUAAUGUCAUCCCCAAUAUUUUCAUUUGGAUUAAUUGCGGAUGUGCAAUAUGCGGACAUUGACGAUGGAAUGAACUACAGCAAAACAAGACAUCGGUACUAUAGAAAAGGUUUGCAAUGUCUACAACAUGCAAUCAAGUACUGGAAUACUUCAGAACAAACUUGCUUCGUAUUACAACUCGGAGAUAUAAUAGAUGGGAUGUGUCGCAAUAAUGGAAAAAGUAACGAAGCUCUUAAUAAAAUAUACGAGUGUUUAAUUCAAUAUAAAAAACCAAUAGCUCACUGUUGGGGAAAUCACGAAUUAUAUAAUUUAGGAAGAAACGAUCUUUUGAAAUCUGUUUUACUUCCAAGGUUUUCUAUUACAAAUGAACCAGCGAAAACAAGUGAAAAUUCUGGUGAGAUCAUAUUUUAUACAAGCGAGAAAAUGUGUCAAGAUGGACUUUGUUGUUAUCAUUUUACACCCUGCAAUGGAUUUCGUUUCAUUGUUCUUGAUUGUUACGACAUCAGUGCUCUUGGGAGAGAAAAUUCUCAUCCAAAAAAAGUGACCGCAAUGGAAAUUUUAAACAAAAUGAAUCCAAAAGAAGAAAAAAAUGAUCAUACAAGCGCCGUUGAUCCGAAAUAUGUAAAAUAUAAUGGAGGCGUUCAUAAGGAUCAAUUAGAAUGGCUUGAAAGUAUUAUACAACAUUCACAAAAUCAUAAUGAAAUUGUUGUAUUGUGCGGCCAUAUCCCAAUACACCCAAAUGCAACUGGUGGUAAAAUAUGUCUGGUGUGGAAUAAUCAAGACAUUUUAGAUAUAAUUCAUCGUUAUUCAUGCAUUGUUGCAUAUUUUGCGGGUCAUGAUCAUGUAGGAGCUUAUUUUUGUGAUGAAGAUGGGGUUUAUCAUUGUACUUUCGAAGCUGUUCUAGAAGCGAUUCCCAAAAGUAUUGGUGGGAAUGAAACUGCAUUUGCAACAAUUGAUGUUUACGCUGAUAAAUUGGAAAUACGUGGCGAAGGUGACAUUAAAUCACAAACUUUAAAAUAUAGAAAUAAGCAAUAGAGUUAUAAUUUUGUACCAUAUUCGAUGAAUUUCAAUUUUUAUCAUUGCUGGGAAUAACGCACUUUUAGCAAAUUUUAAAUAUGUCACUUCUUACUGAUAUGCAAAACUAAACAAUAUUUUUACUAAUAGACCAUCAAAGAACUGUAACUGUAAAACUGUUAUUUAAACUGAAACUGAAGUCUUAAAAAUUUUGUCCUAAAGGUGUAUUUUCAGUCAAUAAUUAUAAAGACUUAUUUACAUAUUUAUGAUCAUAUUGAGUAAGUUAAAUUUGUUUAUUUGAUAAUUCCAUUUAAAUUCAUAUAUUUGCAUUAUGCAAUUUACUUUCAUGCAGGAAUUGACAGCACCUCACAGACGAUAUGAAUUAUAUUUUUGGAUAUGAAAUGAUGAAAACUAUAUAUUCUAAAUUUGGUCAUUUGGUCCAGCAUAUAAAUUUUUGUCAUAAAUCAAUAUGAAUUUGGGUUUGUCUAUCCAGAAAAUUUUAGCACAGUGAUGCAUUGUAAUUGGUUUUUAUCUUAACACAUUUACAAUUCGAAUGAACUUUGAUAUUUUUGCCGAGAGCAUCAGAUAUUAGCUGCUCAAAAUGAAAAAUAUUAAAUUUUCUAAAUUACUGGUAAUUCUAAAAUGAAGAAUAUAGUAUGAAGAAUAUAACCAAUUUCAAAUGUAUUCGAACAAUUGAUUUAUUUCGGAUUUCCUUGCUCGCGACUGCUAUAAUCAUUCAGCCUAAUUUUAGGAGUGGGGUGGGUUUUUAGGGUUAGACAAUUGAUGGGUGUUAGAUGCUUUCAGUCACUUUUUUUUUUUUAUUGGCCACUGCCGUUACCUUGGUUUCUGCUUUGGUUCAUAAUCUCAACCAAGAUUUUAAUGGUGCAUUUGCUUGUCUUUCAGAUAUUCAUAUUAUUUUUUGCUGUACUGCAGUGAUUAUGUUUUUAUGCCUUAUACAUUUCAUGGCCAAAUAAUUGAUAGUCUGUAAUUAAAUAUCACUAGUACCAAGUUGUGAUUGAUUAAAUGCACUUGUUUGAUUUAUAUUUUAACUUAUAUGUCCAGA